AUGGCGGACGACGACGAGAUGCGCGCACAGAAGCGCUCGCACAAGGAUUUCCAGGACCAAGAUGGCUCUGACUCUUCGUCCGAUGAUGACGAUAUGGGUCCUCAGCUCCCCUCCGAAGCUGCACCCAAGAAGAAACGCCGCGUUCUGCCUUACGAGAAGCUCUAUAUCGCGGCCUUGCCCACAUCGCCGCGCUACUCGCGCUCCCUCAUGCACAAAGAGCAGGUCCUCUUUACGACAUGGACGCCGCUAACGGACUUCUUGAUUACGUCUUCAAUAGAUGGCGUGGUGAAGUUUUGGAAAAAAGACGCACAAGGUAUCGAGUUUGUCAAAGAAUUCCGCGCGCACAAUGGCGAAAUCAAAUCCGUUGCUGUCAGCCUGGACGGGCGUAGUUUUGCCACGGCGGGUGCCGACGAUACUGUCAAGAUCUUUGAUGUUUUAACUUUCGAUCUGCUGUCUAUGCUAACGCUGGGCUAUACGCCAAAAUGCGUCUGUUGGGUGCAUAAGAAGGGUGCAUCGUUUCCUUUGCUGGCGGUCUCCGAGGGUGCAAAGCCCUUGAUACACAUUUACGACGGCCGCGGCGAGCGAGAAGACGCGAUACACACGAUAAAGGGCUUACACAGAGCCCCGGUACAUAUCAUCGCCUUUAAUGACGCUUAUGACUGCGUCUUAUCCGCAGACGAGAACGGUAUGAUUGAGUACUGGCGACCGAGCGGGGGCUACGAUAAACCGGACAAUGUGUUUGAGUACAAGAGCUCGACAAAUCUGUUUGACUUCAAGAAGGCAAAAACAAUACCGUCGUGUAUAACAAUAUCACCAAAUGGCAAGACUUUUGCGUCCAUGUCGUUCCCGGACCGCAAGGUUCGCCUGUUUGAUUUUGCGUCAGGAAAGCUUCAUCGCACCUAUGACGAGUCGCUACAAGCACUUGAGGAAAUGCAGCAGGCCGGCGCACAAAGUCAGAAAGUCGAUGCUGUCGAGUUUGGUAGACGCAUGGCCCAGGAGCGAGACGUGGAGUCAGCAACGCUGAAGAAUAAGUCGAACAUCAUUUUCGAUGAGACGGGAAAUUUCUUGAUAUAUGGUUCGAUGCUUGGCGUUAAGGUGCUCAACACAUAUACCAACCAGGUGGUGAAGACGUAUGCUCGAGAAGAAAACUUACGGCUUAUAAAUCUUUCCAUCUAUCAAGGCCAACCUCAAAAGAAGGGGCUUACAUCGGUGCAAAUGGGGGCGUCUGCGAAUCCUCUGCUGCAAGAAUCGGAAGCCCGCGACCCGAUACUGGUUGGCACCGCUGUUGGCAAAGUCCGUUUUUACAUGUUUACCAACGAUGAGGAUAUUUCUAAGUCCACUCGAGACAUUCAAAAUGAAAAGCCUACCCAAUUGGGCGGCAAGAAGGACGCUGGACCCAAAAAGGUAGAAACGGGUACUGCUGCUGUUAUCCACACCACCUACGGGGAUAUCAGCGUACGAUUGUUCCCUGAUGCUGCACCCAAAACUGUGGAGAACUUUGUUACCCAUGCGAAGCGCGGCUACUAUAACAAUACUAUAUUCCACCGUGUUAUCCGCAAGUUCAUGAUUCAGUGCGGUGAUCCGCUGGGCGACGGUACAGGCGGUGAGAGUAUCUGGGGGCGAGAAUUUGAAGAUGAAUUCAGUAGUUUGAAGCACGACAAGCCAUACACCGUCAGCAUGGCCAACGCUGGCCCCAAUACAAAUGGCAGUCAAUUUUUUAUUACAACCGAAAAGACGCCGUGGCUCGAUGGUAAGCACACCAUAUUUGGACGUGCAACGCAGGGCUUGGACGUGAUUCAUAAAAUUGAAAAUGUACAUACGUACAAGGAAAAGCCAGAAGAGGACAUCAAAAUCCUAAACAUUGAUAUCAUGUAG